AUGCUGCUGCUCUCGUUAGUAUUGGGCGCCCUAGCGCUGACGGCGCGUGGGCAGAACGCCACCUUCCCAGACGACUUCCUCUUCGCCGUGUCGUCUGCAGCCUAUGAAAUAGAAGGAGGCUGGGACGCAGAUGGCAAAGGAGUGAGCAUCUGGGACACCUUGACGCACGACAACUCGCAGUACAUUAACGACGGAUCCAACGGCGACGUAGCGAGCGACUCCUACCACAAGUAUGAGGAGGACGUGCAGCUGGUCAGAGAUUUAGGGGUGGACAUAUAUAGAUUCUCCAUCUCUUGGGCCAGAGUUCUUCCUGUGGGUGAUGUCAGCCAAAUCAAUCAAGCAGGAGUUGAUUACUACAACAACCUUAUCGAUCUGUUGAUUGCAAAUGGCAUUCAGCCUAUGGUGACCAUGUACCACUACGACCUGCCGCAGCCGCUGCAGCUCCUGGGCGGCUGGACGAACCCCGUCGUAGCACAGUACUUCCGGGAGUACGCUCGCUUCCUCUUCCAGACGUUUGGAGACAGGGUGAAGUGGUGGGUGACGUUCAACGAGCCGACGACGAUCGCAUUCGGCUACAGCUCCACGGACACUAACGCACCGGCCAUCGGCGCCCACGGCUUUGGCGACUACACGGCGGCCCAUUGCAUUCUGCGUUCGCAUGCCAUGGCCUACAGGCUCUACGACCAGCAGUUCAGGGCCGCCCAAGGAGUAUGUGUUUCACAAAUAGUCCUUAGCUCAUCAGCUCCAAUCUUCACUUACUAUCCUUGCAAAUUCUCAUGUGCUGUUAUUAUUUCAAUGAUGUACCAUCUGGGUUGGUUUGCUCACCCGAUCUACACGGAGGAAGGCGGAUACCCCCUGGUGAUGGAAGAACGCAUCUGGGAGGACUGCAUCAACGACAACAUCUGGAUCUCGCGGCUACCCGAGUUCAGCGCCCAGGAACUAGUCGACCUCAGAGGAGCAGCAGACUUCUUUGCCCUGAACCAUUUCACGACGCAACUGGCAUCGAACGGUCAGCAAGCUUACUUCCACCCGUCGCACGACUGGGACACGGGCGCCAUCUUGUCUUUUGACGACAGUUGGGCGGCCACAGCCGACGACAACAUAAAGGUCGUUCCGUGGGGCUUGCGCAGUCUGCUGAACUGGAUCAACAACGAAUACGACGUCAGAGGAGGGAUCUUUGUAACAGGGAACGGUUUUCCAGACGCAGGAGAGCUAGAGGACAGUGGUCGGCAGGAGUACUACAGGGCUUACCUGGCGGAGAUACUGAAUGCCAUACAUGAAGAUGGUAUCAACUUGAUUGGUUAUACGGGGUGGAGCCUGCUUGACGGUUUCGAGUGGAUUAGGGGAUACACGGUGAAAUAUGGCUUUUAUCAAGUGGACUUCAGUGAUCAGAAUAGGACCCGAACACCGAAGCCAUCAGCAACCAUGUUUCAAGAGAUCGUAGCGACACGACAGCUUCCUAACCGCGCUGCAAAGCCAGCCUUCACGUAG